AUGAAGAUGUGUUUAUGUCUGCAGAAAAAGUGGUUGCCAAAUGCUGUGCUGCAUUCCCACACACCGAGGAGGCAGGACGCAUCAGGAGAAGGUCUUCCAAAGACUACUCGAGGGAUGAUGUUCAUUAAGUGCUGGAUGUCGCUUCAGCUUCUUCUGGGACAUGUCUUGACGCUUCUGGCAGUCCAUCCAUCCUCCAGCAGCAGACUUGUGGCUUUGAGAGAAGAUAUAUGUCCUCUUUUCUUUCCUCCUCUUCCUCCGCCAUUGUUUCCUCCCCUGCAGCACAGACAGGAAGUGAUGGUUGACAUAACAGAAUUGAUCACUGGACCUCAAGGGGAGAAGGGAUGUAGAGGACCCCAAGGAUCUAAGGGGGAAUCUGGUAUGAUGGGUCCCCAAGGAGAGAAAGGGCAAUCAGGAGCAAUAGGAAAACCUGGUCACAAGGGAGAGAAAGGCUUCCAGGGCUGGCGAGGUCUUAAAGGUGCGCCAGGAUCAGCGUGCGUGUUGAAGGGCAAUAAAGGACCAGCAGGUUUGCGGGGAGGUCAGGGCCUCAAAGGAGACCCAGGACCCUCAGGAGAUCCUGCUCAUCCAGGUGUUCCUGGCACGCCUGGACAUAAGGGUGACCCAGGCCUGUGUGGAGGUCCAGGUGUUGAAGGUGUGCAGGGUCCCAGAGGAGAACCUGGUCUCAGAGGAACUAAGGGAUUGAAAGGACUUCGUGGACCUUCAGGACCUUUGGGUCACCUUGGAGCAGUUGGAGCCCCUGGUUUGACGGGACAACCCGGACUUCCUGGACAAGUCUUCCAUCUGGAAGGUCUACAGGGAGAACCGGGAAGUCCAGGACCUCUGUCCUCAUCAUGCAGCUGCUCGCCACACCCCCGCAUACAACCAAGGCCACACCGGGUCCAGAAGAUCUUCAUCGCAGACGGAGAAGAAGCUUUGAGGAAGCUGCAGAAGGAGAACACCAUGGUUCUACGUACCGACAUGAAGGCUCUUUACAUCUUCACUGAGCAGCAGUGGAUUAACGUACUGAAUCCCAACAGUGACUCCCCCCUCCAUUAAAAUUCUCCCAGCUUUUUACAAUAAAAGCCCAUCAGCCUGUCACCCUUCCCCUAAAGUAUGCAACAAAAUCAUGACCAGCACGCUGGCACGCCUAG